AUGUCGUUCGCCAACCUAACCCUCCUCUUGGAGGCCGUCGCCGACCAGGAAGGCAGUGGCCAAGUCAUCUGCUAUCAACCUCGGAAUACCACCAAGCCCAAGUCAUACACCUACCGCCAGUUGCUGGAAGAUGCGCAGAAGGCUUCUUGGGCUCUUCGCUGCCGUUCGGAUUUCUAUCCAGGCCGGGUGGUUCUCAUUCACCUAGAGACACACUGGGAAAACAUAGUCUGGUUCUGGGCUGUCAUACUGGCCGGGUGUAUCCCAGCAAUGUCUACAGCACUUUCCAAUAACCCUGCGGCUCGUAUAUCACACCUGAUGCACCUGGCAACCACUUUGAAAAAUCCCGGAUGUCUCACAACAGCCGAUAAGUUGUUCGAAUUCGGCGGACAAGAUGUUAUCGCGCCCAUCGCUCUUGAGUCGUUAGAUACAGACAAACCCCCAGCGUCGGAAUUGCGCAACGUCUGCCGUGACGCUACGCCAGACGACAUUGCCAUACUGAUGUUGACAUCUGGCAGUACCAGCAACGCCAAAGCAGUGAUUCUCACGCACCAGCAGAUCUUCAUGGCACUUGACAGCAAGUACAAGGUGGUUUCAUUGCCGGAUAAUACUUCGUUUUUAAACUGGGUCCGCUGUGACCAUGUUGCAGCCAUUGUUGAAAUCCACCUGCAAGCCCUCUUUGCCCAUAAAGACCAGGUGCAUGUGCAGGCACCGGAUGUCCUGUCUAAUCCUGUUGCCUUUCUUGAUAUCAUAGACCGUCAUCGAGUCUCCCGUACUUUCGCGCCGAAUUUCUUCUUUGCUCGCAUCCGUACCGCGCUCGAGGCUCAUGGCGACCGCUGUACCACAUACGAUUGGGAUCUCAGCUGUCUGCGGUAUAUCGCCUCAGGUGGCGAGGCAAACGUUACCAAGACUGGUGUUGCGGUGGCAAAGCUGCUGGCUAGAUAUGGUGCUCCAGAGACCAUCAUUGCUCCGGGCUUCGGGAUGACAGAGACCUGCGGCGGUGCCAUCUACAACUUGGACUUCCCUCUCUAUGAUGUCGAGCGAGGUCUUGAGUUUGCAUCCGCAGGGAAAUGCAUACGAGGCUUAAGCAUGAGAAUCACCACCUCGGAAAAUGCCAUGGCACCGACUGGGACCGUGGGAAAUCUCGAAUUGUCCGGGCCCAUCCUCUUUAAAGGGUACUUCAAUAACCCAGCUGCAAACGAGCAGUCAUUCACCAGCGAUGGCUGGUUCCAGACCGGUGACCUGGCUUCCAUCGACGACAAAGGCAAUCUCCACAUAACUGGAAGGGCUAAAGAAUCAAUGAUCGUCAACGGUGUCAAGUACAGUCCACAGGAGAUCGAGACGGCCCUAGACCAGCCGGGCAAAGUUCCUGGUCUGGUCCCGAGCUUCACUUGUUGCUUUUCUUCAUUCCCUCCAGGGGGUGAUACCGAGGUUAUCUGCGUGGUUUACUUGCCGAGCUACGCCCCCGGCGACGACGUCGCGCGAGCCAAAACGGCGGACACGGUGGCCAAAAUUGCCAUGAUGUCUACAGGUGCCCGACCACAAGUUCUGCCUCUUGAUAAGUCACAGUUACAAAAAUCAGCUCUGGGCAAAUUAUCGCGAUCUAAAAUCAAGAUGGCUUUUGAGAAGGGCGAUUACAGCUCCUAUCAGGAGAUCAAUUCGGAAGCGAUCAAGCUACACCGGUCGACGGCCCGUGUUAACCCUUCCAAUGAGCUAGAAGAAAAAUUGCUUGACCUCUUCAUCAAGUGUCUCGACCUACCCGAAGAGGAAUUCGAUGUGCAGUCCUCCCUGUUCGACAUGGGAAUCACCUCGGUGGAACUCAUUAAAUUGAAGAAGAAGAUCGAAGAGCAGCUGAACCUCGCUCAUGAAAUCCCGAUAAUCACCUUGAUGACGAACCCCGUUGUCCGCGACCUAACCAUUGCAUUGGAAGACCAGCAGAGUCCUCAAUCAACGAGCGAGUAUAACCCCACGGUGACACUGCAGUCCCAGGGCGAGAACACACCGCUGUGGCUUGUCCACCCAGGUGUGGGUGAGGUUCUCGUCUUCCUCAACCUAGCAAAAUUCAUGGUAGAUCGAAAAGUCUAUGCAUUGCGUGCGCGGGGAUUCAACGAAGGCGAAAAGCCCUUCGAGACAAUUGAAGAGGUUGUCAGUACAUACCAUUCCGCCAUCAAACGAAAGCAGCCGCACGGGCCGUAUGCACUGGCAGGCUAUUCAUAUGGCACAAUGCUGGCAUUUGAGGUGGGCAAAGUACUGGAGAGCAACGGGGACGAAGUGCGCUUCCUUGGGUCCUUCAACCUGCCGCCCCAUAUCAAGACUCGCAUGCGUCAGCUAGACUACAAAGAAUGUCUCCUCCAUCUCUCCUACUUUUUAGAUCUCAUGACUGAGGAUCGCGCGCGGGAACUGGCUGUGGAAAUGCAAGACGCUACUCGGGAAGCGGUCCUCGCGAGGGUGAUGGCCGAAGCUGAUCAGGAUCGUCUUGCUGAACUGGCCCUCUCGUCUGAGGCUAUCACCAAAUGGGCUUGCUUGGCCUUUGCCCUGCAAAGCAUGGCUGUUGACUAUGACCCUGCCAGUUCCAUUGCUGGCAUUGAUGUCUUCUACUGCAAUCCUCUGGCAGUGGCAGCUUCUUCAAAGGCUCAGUGGCUUAGUGAGCAUUUGAGUAGUUGGAAAGAUUUCUCGCGGUCGCCGCCGCGCUUCCAUGACGUUGGAGGUGCCCAUUACACCAUGUUGGGGCCGGAGCAUGUCUUUGGUUUCCAGAAAACAUUACGAAAUGCCCUUGAUGCAAGGGGAAUUUAA